AUGUCACCUAAUAAAUUUGCAAACAUCAAUCCUUCUAACCUCUCAAUUGACAUUAUGAAUUCAUAUAUUGUUCACGUAGGCGAACAAACCUUUCGAUUGUAUCGCUCAUCAAUAACUUGUGACUCUCCUAAUUUCUUUACAGAAGCUUUUUUGGGCGAGGAGACUUCAGAAGAGACAACCACCACCACUUCCAAGAUUAAUUCCAAUGUAACAACAGCAGUUGAAUCUAAUGCCACAGCCGCACCUGCUUUAGAAGAAAAUGGUGACGCUGAAAAGAGUAUUGUCAAUGGUGGCGAUGCACUUUCAGGAUCUGUAGUAAGUAAUACAGAAAGCCCGAAUGUUACGGAUAAAGCCAAUAGUAAUAAUGGCACUAGUAGUUCGAAUAAAAAUUCAUCAAUACGUAAAGAAAUCGCGAUAGAUCGUGAUCCUAGACUUUUUGAAGUAAUUCUCAGAUAUCUUCGUGGAUACACCAUAUUUCCAUUAUCUUCUGUUAAUUUGCCACCUGGAAUGUCACUUGAUCUAUUUCGUGAAAGCUUAUUGGAGGAUGCCCGUUUCUACCGCCUUGAUCAACUUGCGCAACUAUUGCAAGCAGAAACACCAACACCGCUACGCUACAAAGAUCCAUUCACCUCUCAGGAUAAAAUUCUUUUAUCGCUCCGCGACGUACCAAUACAUAAAGAUUUUAUCAAAUCAAAACUUGAAGGACCAUCUGCCAUUGAAUUUUUUACGGGAGCGGUGCUUACUCUAGAAUUGGACAAUUCAGAUGCCACCAUACAGUUCCAUACAGAAUUUCUCAAUGAUCACGAUCAAAAAGCUCUUCAAACUAUAGGCGAAAUUUGUGGAGAAAAUACUCAAAUCCAAUUAUCACAUCUAAUGACAACAGGUUGGAAUAUGCGCGAUGCGUUGAAUGGAAUUCGAUUAGAAAUUGAUGGCGUACAAGUGACCGGAGUAGAUAUUGCAUCUCUUGUAGGGUCCUUUAAUCCAAGAGUUAAAGCAUUGGACGACAUGUUUCGAUUGGCGGGUGGACAAAAAUUAGUAAUUUACGCGCAAGAAUUCGUUUUCCGAUUGGAAUAUCGUACAGCUGCAUCAGAUGUCACUGAUAGUAGUAGUAUUAAUGGAACUACACAAAUUAACGGCAGUCGCGCUGCCAGUAUCAAUGAAAUUCCCGCCAUUAGUUCUCUCGAUACACAAGAUUCUUCUGUUAAUCCCGACGAAGAAACUGAAAAUAACAGUCAAGCUGGUGGAGAGAGUAAUGACGGUAGUAGUGAUACAGUCGAUGAAAUUGUUUGGGCGAAAGGAUGGACUCAAGAGUGGUGGGCUUGGAACGAGUAUAGGAUGAAAUUGGACACUUUGCAAUAA